UCCUCCUUCUUCUUCUUCUUCUUCCUCCUCUCCUUCUUCUUCUGGUGCUGCUGCUUCUCCAUCUGCCCUCGCUUGCUUACCUUCGCUUAUACCCCUGGCGCUGCUGCUGCUGCUGCUUCUGUGUUGGGCGGGCAGGCAGGCAGAGGCAGGCACGAAACAGUAGCGCCGUUUGGCAUACUGCCUUCCACGCCAAUCUGAGUCUGAGUUGACAUCGGGUUAAGUUUGCGAGCGUAGAGCGCACGUUGUUUGAGGAAGUGCAGCGAGCGAGAGGGAGAGGGAGAGGGAGGGGAGGGGAGGGGAGGGGAAGGGGAGAGGGAUCUGCGAGAGACAGAUAGGGAAGUCGUGGUUUCUGGUGUGUGCUUGCGUGCUGCUGCUGUGAGUUGAGCGCGGCUGCAACCACACAAGGCAGGCAGGCGGGCGGGCGGGCAGUCAGUGAGGCAGGCAGGCAGGCAGGCCAAAGCUUGCGAGAGAGAGAGAGAGAGAGAGAGAGUGUGUGAGCGAGCGAGCGAGUUGUGGUUCGUGCGAGGGGGGAUUUCGGGACAGACAGACCAGCUGCUGCUCGAGUGAAGCAGCCUGGAAUUUAGGUUGGCCGAGGGGAGGGGGCCGAACGCAGAGCGGCGGCGUCGGGCCCGGAGGCACGAUAGUAUUAUUGUGCUGUAGGCUGGUAGGCUGUUUUUAGAAAGGGGGGUUUAUUUGUGCUCGGCAGAGUUGCGCGAGAAAAAAUUAGUGCAGAAGUGUGGACCUUCGGGGGCCGUGGUCUGCCAUAUCCUGGGCGCAGCUCAAUUGGGUGUGGUUCUUCUCAGGUUUGUGCGAUUGCCGAGCGAACCUGAUUAGACUCAGGACGGGCUCCUGUCUCGCGCACGCGCACGCAUUGAACAUUAUGGACAGGCCUUGCGCGCUCGAGCCUCGGAGCCUGGCGCUGACCUCCGGCGCGCAGUCUCGAUGAUGGUGAGCCAGGGCUGGACUUCGAGGAAUUGCGUCUCGCGCCUGUAGACGGAAUUGCAGCUCGGUCGGGCUCGUCUCCGUGUCGUGUGUGUGUUCCAGGGUAGGAUUAUGAGAUUUGCGCCCAUCGAAGACUCAGACACACUUCGGCCAAUUGGUUGCGGAGUAUGAGUAGGUGAGUAUGGCAUCGUCAUCAAGCUCGCCGUGUGCUGCCUGUAAGUUUCUCAGAAGGAAGUGUACAGCGGAGUGCGUGUUCGCGCCGUAUUUUCCACCGGAUCAACCCCAUAAAUUUGCGAAUGUACACAAGAUUUUCGGUGCGAGUAAUAUCACUAAGCUUCUGAACGAGCUGCCCGUACAACAACGAGAGGACGCGGUGAAUUCGCUGGCGUACGAGGCGGAUGCCAGGGUCAAGGAUCCGGUCUAUGGAUGCGUGGGAGCGAUCUCGGUGCUCCAACGACAAGUUGCGCAGUUGCAGCAAGAAUUAGCUAUCGCGCAUUCAGAUCUCGCCAGAUAUGCCGGGGCAGGAAUGGUAGGGGGCCCAGGUAGCGUGACGCAGGGAAUGCCCUCCUCGUCGCUCGGAAUUGGCAUGGGUUUAUCGCCUGCGCCGUCGCGCGAGCAGCAGCAGCAGAUGCUGACCCGAGAGCAGCUGCUGGACCUGGCCCGCGAGCCGCAACUCUCGCGCGAGCAGCUGCUGGAGCUGGCUAGGGUUGGCGGAGGAUCUUACGAGGCCGGCCUCGCAGCGCUGGGCCUCACGGGAGCGCUAGGACCGCUCGGACCCUUUCCUUCCCGUCAAGGGAGCGAUGGCAGCGGAAGCGGUGGCGGCAUGGGAGGGCACUUAUCUCCUCCAUAAUGCACUAUCGGCUUCGGUGUCUGUAGAGAGAAUGACAUGAGUUACAGCGCAGCGUGGCUCGUAUCUGGACACGACACUGGAGCCUAGACUCGAUGGGGGCACCGGGCGGGGGGGGGGCUCCCUGCGAUGGCGAGGCACCGGAACCGGCUCGAAAUGCGCCCGAGCGAGCAGAGCGAGACACCCUGCAGGUGCCCCAGGAAUGCCGUCUUCAGAGCAGGAGGCGGACGGACCAUCUUUCGCUUUCUAAGGUGCUCCUUCUCCACGCGAGAAGCCAUUAAAAACCCAAAAAAAGGCAAAAAAAAUUCUGACAAAGAUCAGAAAGAUUACAGAGGGGGAGGGGGAUGGUUUUUCUAGUUAGUUUGUGAGGAGUGGGUAACGAGGGGCUCGAUGCGGCUCGGCUCCCCAGCAUCAUCCCCUCUGCAGAUCUGUGCAAUGCUACCGACGACUCGACUCGACUCGACUCGACGUGUUUCCUCGACCCAAUCCGCUUCCUCCCACGCCCCUCGUCCGACCAACGAACGAACGAGCGCGCGCGCUCUCUUUCUCUCUCCCUCUCUCCCUCUCCCUCUCCCUCCCUCUCUCUUUCUCGAUCGCACGAGGGGGAUUGCUUGCUUGCGUCCCUGCGUGCCAAUUUCCAGCUCUCACUUCGAAUUCAUACGGGCACGCGGCAAAAUGUGCGCCAGCAAUUCCCACUCCCGGAGGCGCCCCGUCGCGCAUCUCGAGCCUGGACCGAGCGGCGGGAAGAGCAAGCAAGCAGGCAGGCAGGCAGGCAGGAAAGCUGGCCUCAGGGCCAUCCAUCCAUCCAUCCAUUUAUUCAUUCAUUCUCGCUCGCUCGCCCGUGCGUGCGUGCGGCGCAGUGCACAAUGUUACGAUGCGGACCCGCGUUGCUGCUGCUGCUGCUGCUGCUGCUGCUGGCGAUCGGCGUCGCCGCUGGGAGUGUGUGACAGUGAGAGAGGGAGAGAGAGGGAGAGGGAGAGGGAGAGAGGGAGAGGAAGAGAGAGAGAGAGAGAGAGAUUGUGUGGGUGUCCGUCGAGCCGGCGAAUGCGCCGUCGGCGUCGGCGGAUGCAGACGCAGACAUGAGAGGUGCAGUGUGCCGAACACGGAGGAUCGUCGGAAGAAUGUGGCGGGGGAGGGGGGCAAUGCAGUGGUGGAGGCAUCGAGGUGAUCAUCUCUGCUCGUUGCGUGGCUAGGAGGUCGUCUGCUCUUUGUGCUUGUAGGUAACAUCAGGCCGUGUCUAGUGUAUUUACUCGGGGCUAGGCGGUGCAAAAUUCAGCGAAGGACGUGAGUAUUGAUCGGGGACCCUGGGUUGUAAAUGUGACUCCCACUUAUCCCAGAAUGAGAAUGAGAGAGGCGAUACUAGAGUAGUAAGAAGGAUAGUUGCUUGUGUAGGUGGACGGAUUUUUGGAAGAUUGAAUAUUGAGCGGGGCAUUCCUACCUGUCAUAAGUACGAAGCACGCAGCGGGCCGCAAUGAGCACGGGCUGCUGCCGACACUGGUGAGCUUUCUAGGUAGAAAUCUUUUUGGAUGGACUCUCUUCUCGUCUCUGCCCUGCCACUAUGCUUGUCACGUCAUGGUCCUGCUGCGCUCGGAGGGUGCCCAACUCAGAUCGACCCCCCGUUGUGUGCUGAAUCCUGCACCGAGAGGUGGUCUCAUCCCGGCCCUCCGCUGCGCCCAGUGCGUCCCUCCUCCUCCUCGGCACGGACCACUCCGCCACCAUGCGAUUGCUGGCAGCAGUUACAGAUACAGUAAUCUGAUUUAUAUUCUUUUAUUUGGAGCUUCUUACCUUCAAUUGUUCAAAAUAAAGAUGAAAGGAGGAAAGGUAUGCAGUCGAUGAGAGUACCUCUACGUUCUAGGUUCGAUCUUGGCGUAUCGGGUAGUAUCACAUCCCAUAGAACUGUCCUACACGCUUACCGCGUUAUUGGUCACACCUGUCCAGGAGCUAUGAGUACUUUUACCUUAGGAUCAUAUUGGGGAGGUGUUAGAUAGAGAUUCCGUAGUUUGUGCAGCAAUGUUGAUCUAUUUUGCCAACACAUGUCAAACAGGUUAUGAUGUAGAAUUAGUCAUCAGUCAGAAACUUCAUAUCCGCAAUUCAUGCGCUAUGUCCUGCAUUGAGGUGGAGAUAUCGGCUAGGGCAAUUUUCCCUGGCAGAAAUUGUUUUAUCAAUGUCUCGUUGACGC